AUGGCUGAGCAGAAUCACAGCACUGUGACAGAGUUCAUUCUCGUUGGCUUCUCUGACCAUCCCGAGCUAGGAGUUAUUCUCUUCUUGGUGUUCCUCAGUUUCUAUCUCAUCACCGUCCUGGGCAAUAUGGGUAUGGUCCUGCUGAUUUGCUUGGAUAAUCGUCUCCAUACCCCCAUGUACUUCUUCUUGAGUCACCUCUCUCUCUUGGAUGCCUGCUACUCUUCCGUCAUUAUUCCUCAGAUAUUGGUUACCUUGGUUAUUGGCAGGACACGUAUAUCCUAUAACUCUUGUGCUACUCAGUUCUUUUUUUUCACAGUCUGUGCUACCACUGAGUGUUUUAUGCUAGCAGUGAUGGCCUAUGACCGUUAUGUUGCCGUUAGCAGUCCUCUCCUGUACUCAUCAGCCAUGACACCAGGCACCCGUUGGGGCUUGGUGGUAGGGGCCUAUAGUGGUGGCUUUUCAGGAGCUAUUUUCCGCACUGCCUGCACUUUUUCUCUUUCCUUCUGUGGACCCAAUCAGAUUGACUUCUUCUUCUGUGAUCUGCCACCUCUGCUAAAGCUUUCAUGCAGUGAUACCACUGGCAUCCAAAACCUUAUUUUCUUUGUCAAUUUCGUGUUUAUGGCCAAUACUCUAAUGAUCCUGGUAUCCUAUAUGUUGAUCAUCAGGGCCAUCUUGCGGGUCAAGUCAGUUGGAGGCAGAGCCAAGACCUUUUCCACCUGUGCCUCCCACUUCACAGCUGUGAUACUCUUCUUUGGGACCCUCACUUUCAUGUAUGUGCGUAGCAACUCAAUCAAAUCACUUGAAGAGGACAAGGUGGUGUCUGUCUUCUAUACUGUGGUCAUCCCCAUGCUGAACCCUUUCAUCUACAGCCUGAGGAAUAAGGAGGUGAAAGCUGCCUUCAGAAAAGUCAUAAAUAGAAUCCAGAUCUCCCAGGAAAUGUAG